AUGCGUGAUGAGAGGAUACAGAUAGGAGGUAUUAUAAUAAAGAAGCAGAAGAAGAAAAGAAGAAAAAGCAGAAAAAAAGAAAAAGAAGAAAAAGAAGAAAAGAAGAAAAAGAAGGAAAAAGAAGAAAAAGAAGAAAAAGAAGAAAAGAAGAAAAAGAAGAAAAAGAAGAAAAAGAAGAAAAAGAAGAAAAAGACGAAAAAGAAGAACAAGAAGAAAAAGAAGAAAAAGAAGAAAAAGAAGAAAAAGAAGAAAAAGAAGAAAAAGAAGACAAAAAAGAAAAAGAGAAUGCGCGGUACGAUAUUUAAUAUAGUAGAUAGGUGA